AGUAGAGAUCUCGCGAGAUUUGCGCCGUAAGAUGGCCGCGGGAGGUCCUCCGCUGUUCCUGUGAGGGAAGGGAUGUCCCGGGUGUGAGCCGCUCCAAUGACCGGGGAGAAGCUCCGUCCCCUGCGCCGGGACCACAAGCCGAGCAAGGAGGACGAGCUGCUGGAGCCGGACGAGGAUAGCGGAGGGGAAGGCGGGAGGAAUAAGAACGCCAAAAGCUUCUCCAAUCACCGGAUCAUCCCGUCCAACCCGGCCCUCAGCCAGGCCUGCUUCCCCGUCCAUGAGUGUGUGUUCCGGGGAGACAUCCGCCGCCUCUCCUCCCUCAUCCGGAGCCACAGCAUCGGACACAAGGAUAUCCAUGGUAAUACGCCGUUACACCUCGCUGUGAUGCUGGGCAACAAAGAAUGUUCUCAUCUCCUCCUGGCACACAAUGCUCCUGUCAAGGUAAAGAAUGCCCAGGGCUGGAGCCCCCUGGCUGAAGCCAUCAGCUAUGGAGACAGACAGAUGAUUACAGCACUGUUGAGAAAGCUGAAGCAGCAGUCCAGGGAGAGUGUGGAGGAGAAGAGACCGCGCCUGUUAAAUGCUCUGAAAGAGCUGGGAGACUUUUACCUAGAACUUCACUGGGAUUUUCAAAGUUGGGUGCCUUUACUGUCCCGUAUCCUGCCUUCCGAUGCAUGCAAGAUCUAUAAACAAGGUAUUAAUAUCAGGCUUGACACUACUCUCAUAGACUUCACCGACAUGAAGUGCCAACGAGGGGACCUCAGCUUCAUCUUUAACGGAGAUGCUCCCCCCUCUGAAUCUUUUGUAGUUUUAGACAAUGAACAGAAAGUUUACCAGAGAAUACAUCAUGAGGAAUCGGAAAUGGAGACCGAAGAGGAGGUGGAUAUUUUAAUGAGUAGCGAUGUUUAUUCAGCAACUUUGUCUACAAAAUCCAUCUCGUUUCAGCGUGCCCAAACUGGCUGGCUUUUCAGGGAGGAUAAAACGGAGCGUGUGGGAAACUUCUUAGCGGACUUCUAUUUAGUAAAUGGCUUAAUCUUAGAGUCCAGAAAGAGGAGAGAGCACCUCAGUGAAGAAGACAUUCUGCGAAAUAAAGCCAUCAUGGAGAGCCUGAGCAAAGGGGGGAGCCUGAUUGAGCAGAACUUUGAGCCUGUACGGAGACCGUCGCUGCCCUCGCCUCCCCCGAACACCAUUUCCUGGGAAGAGUACAUGUCUGCAGAAAGUGGAAAGGCUCCCCAUCUUGGAAGAGAGCUGGUCUGCAAAGAGAACAAGAAAACCUUCAAAGCAACAAUUGCUGUGAGCCAGGACUUCCCACUAGGAAUUGAAUCACUGCUGAAUGUUCUAGAAGUAAUUGCACCUUUCAAGCACUUUAAUAAACUUCGAGAAUUUGUACAGAUGAAGCUUCCUCCAGGUUUCCCUGUAAAAUUAGAUAUCCCCGUAUUCCCAACCAUUACAGCCACUGUAACUUUUCAAGAGUUUCGCUAUGGAGAAUUUGAAGAGUCCAUCUUUACAAUACCGGAUGACUACAAAGAGGAUCCAAGCCGUUUCCCCGACUUAUAGAUCUCAUAGAGGAUUUGGGUGUAGAGUAAGACUCUAUGUGGGGAAAAUCGGAUGAGAUUCUUUGGGGGGGGAAAAACGCACAGUCGAGGCGAUCUGUGUUCUAUUGCAAGCGAAACCGCUUCUGAUCUCUCGUAAUCUGUGAUCCAUUACCUCUGGGAUCGAUAACCAGCUGCGCAGUCCGGCAAGCCAGGGGCAUUAUGGGACAAUCUCAAUACCCCACCCCCACCCUUCCUUACACUUUUUCUUUUUUCUUUUUCUCAGUUUAAUUCCUGCAGCUGCGGAUCAUCCAGUUGUGUUCAAGGACUUUUUUGACACUCAAAUCUUGUAUAAUUCCACCUUAUAUUUUAGGGUGAACUUUUAAAUAAUCUCUUUUCCAUAAAUUAUGUUCUAUGUAAUAUUAUGUAUAGAUUCCUGUUUGCUGGAUAUAUAUAUAUAAAAAAAAAAUAGAAGGUG